CAUGUUGUGAAUAUUUUUAUUCCCAUCCCCAAUUGUGUGUAGGGUGUGUGGCAAAAUGGGCAAAGUAAACAAGCCACUCAGCCCCUCUCCCUCCACACUUUCGAGCCUGUUUACCUCUUAUUGACGUGUUUGCAUUCAAAGCAUUAGCCUCCAUGGAGAAGAUCAUUCAAGAAAAAUGGACACAGGCACUCAAGGACCUCACAGAGAACGAUUCACGCAGGGAAGCUCUUGCAAUGGCCACACAAGUCGUUUUGACAUCAAUGAACCCAGACGUAGCUGAUAUUGGUCGUGUUAAGGGGAGUUUAAAUGUCCUGAUUCGAAGAGGACUUGGUCGAUGGACAGGGGACUGGCUUCUCGAGUCUUUCCGUCGAGAUACUCUUGAAAAGGUUGUUCCUUGCCUUGAGGAGCUUGAAUCAAGGUACCAAGAAUAUAUUUCCCAGGGAUCCGCAUACAUGGAAUCAACAGGCUGGGUAAUCACUGCAUUUCAGGAUGUGAUACAGCGGACCCAUACACGCUUCACAACAGCUCGCAACAUGGCUAUUCUCUUCGAUGAACGGAUACGUGAUGCUCACAAGGAUCCAACCGAAGUGUCGGCGCUUGAAAUAUCCUCUAGACUCCUCUCAGAGUUUCUUUCCGUAUUGGCAAUCCAGCUCCCUCCUUCGUUUGACCAGGUGGCAUAUUUGUAUUUCGAAACAAUCUUUCGACAAUACGAACAACAGGAGGAAUCUCAAAUGGCGAUGAUCCCUAGAUACCCAUUUGUACAUGAAAAAGAGAACUACAGUGAUGCAGAAAAAUUCAAUACGCAGUCCAUUGAUGAGGAGAUGGAUUCCGAUACGAAACAAAUCUAUACUAUAGGAGAGGACCGCACAACUGCUCUAAACAACAAUUCUCAAAAAAAACAGCUCAUUGGCAAAAAGCGAAGGAAAAUAAUGCAGGAUGGACGCUUCGCAAUUGACUUGUUUACAGAUGAAAUAGAUGACGACUUUGUAGAACAAAUCUUUUACGAAGAAGGCCAGACUAAAAAUGGAGCGGAUUCUUGCCAUGAUGCGCGCUUUGAUAAUAAUGAGAUUGAGAAAGAGGGCUUUAUGAAAGUGUACCUGGACCUUUGUCAGCAAUUGGAGGAUAUCGGAUUUGCAGGACACAUGACGGAUGUGGUGACCAGGAUGCUCUAUGAAAAAGUCGAAGGAAAGAUUUUUGGGUCGUUUAAGAAGAAAUGGGAUGUGCCCACACUAGAGAGCGGAAAGAAUUGGAUGAGUUCUGUGGUUCUUCCAUUCCUGCGACGAACUCUCUUACGUAAGAACCCAAGUAAAUCUUACUUAAAUAGACCUAGUUCAGGUAAAAAAAAAAAAAAAAAUCCGAUCAUUCCGUAUCUUUGAACAGGAAGACUUGGCAAUUGGUCUAUGCCUUUCAUAUUUUAAAAAUGUAUACAUACAUACACGAGAUAGCUGAGGCGGCUGCAAGCAAACGAUACAAGGUGUGGGCUAGUACGUUGGAAUUCUAUUUUUUCAAGACGUUUGGAGAUCUACGGUAGGGGAGGCGAAGUAUUUUUAUUACUAUUGAAUCUUCCCAUAGACAUAACUUCGACCAUAGCCUCUAAUUAUUGUGCGAGCCAUUAACUUGGAUGUCUCUAGUACAAAAGAGAUUUUUGAUAUCAUUGUAGAACAUCCGGUAACAUCGCCAGCUAUUUUGGAUCUCAAAACAUG